AUGUCAUCUCUCUUCAAAUAUUCUGUGGUUCUGCGGACUAUCAAGGCGCGUGAGCACUGUCACAGAUUGAAGAAAGAGAAGAAGAAGAUGUUCAAGCAAGAAGAGACAGAUUGUAAGAAAAUGUGGGAUUUUAAGGCACAGAUUAACCUGGCUGAGAGGGAGCAGCAGAAACUCUUCUCUGAGAAGGCAGUGAAGAGAGAUUUUGAGAUGAUUAUCACCUCAGAUGAGAAGGAGAAGAAGAAGAAGAAGAAGAAUGAGAAGUAA